UCAAACGCAUUCAUGAAUCGUGAGUCAUCACAAUUUCUCAUUCGCGUCCUGUCCUGUAAUCUGUGUAGAUCUGUACAUAUUUGUCGCUGCCUGUUGUAUCCGAUCCAAUUUUGUGAUUCGUUGAAGUGAUUUUUAAACAAAAACAUGACAACGGCAGCAAGACCGACCUUCGAACCUGCCCGAGGAGGACAAGGACGAGGCGAGAAAGAUUUAAGCGCGAUAUCAAAGCAAUACAGUAGUAGAGAUUUGCCGUCGCACACGAAACUUAAGUACAGAGAACAUGGUCAAGGAACAAUUGAGGAAUUGCGAAAUCGAGACUUUAGAAAGGAAUUGGAAGAAAGAGAGCGGAUAGACAAGGAUAAAGGAUCAAGCCGUCGUGCCAUUGAACCAUCCAGGGACUCAACUGCAUCUAGUACAAAAAGACAAAAGUUAGAUCAAGUUCCUGCCGCCAGCUUAGAUGCAGAUGAUCCACUUGAUGAUGAAGAAUCCGAUUCUGAUAGUGAUGAAGAUGAUACUGCUGCGCUUUUGGCUGAACUUCAAAGGAUCAAGAAAGAACGAGCAGCAGAACAAGCUAAGAAAGAAAUGGAGAAACGUCAAGAAGAGGAGAGAAUACGUAUGGAAAAUAUCCUUUCAGGAAAUCCUUUGUUGAAUUAUUCUUCACAAAGUGGAAGAGUAGAUAUGAAAGUACGAAGAAGAUGGGACGAUGAUGUCGUCUUUAAAAAUUGUGCACGAUCCGAACCGAAAAAGAAACAUGAUGUUUUUAUUAACGAUUCUCUACGAAGCGAAUUUCAUCGUAAAUUUAUGGAGAAAUAUGUUAAGUAGUUUAUUAAUUAUAAGCAUCAGCAUUGUAAAUAAUUUUUUUAUAUUAUUGAAUAAAUGUUUAUUUCUUCUCAUUA